UGGUAGUAGUGGAUACCAAACUAAUCAUCUAUCUCCAAAUAUUGUCAGAAGAAAAAAACAGAUUGAAAGAAUUGAUGUUGCUGUAAAAGAAUUCAAACUUGUAGUUCACUCUACCAACAAGUACAGGAAUGAUAUUUUUGUUGUUCCUAUCUCCUUGGAAUUUUCCUCAAACACAGAACCAGGUCAUUUAAAAGAGGACAAGAGACAAAAUAAGAAGGACAAGAAGCAAGGAAAGCAGGACAAGGAGGACAGUGAACAAGGACAAGAACAGUUAUCUAUUGUGUUUGGAAACCUUGUACUCUACACAGACGGAAGAUAUAGUAUGGUGUGUACUGGAUUUGACAUUCUUUGGCGUCAAUGUGUACUUAAUAACCUAGGUUCAAGUUUACACAUAUCAGCUGCUGAACUACGGGUCAACACAACAAUAGGACAGGCUCUUCAAAUGUUUGUCACCAAUCUGAGUAUUCCUGAGCCUCAAUCUGAGCCUUUAUCUUCAGAUUUGUGGACCUGCAAAAAACUAGCAAAAAUUUCAGACCGGAAACCCCAAAAUGGAGUUUUUCAGUACUUUCUUCCAAAUUUUGAGUUCUGGUUCAAGCUCAGAGGAAUACAUGAAUUCCAGAUGAAUGAAGUGACAAUACUUCUGUCAGGGCGGACUGGGCCUCCUGCUGUAGCAAUCAGAUUAAAUACAAACCUGGAGAUAAAUACGUGCAAACAUAAAUCAGGCGUUUCAGGAUGCAUUCAGAUGCAGGCAAUAUGUUUCAAUCCCAAACUAAAUUGUUGGGACAGGAUGCUUGAGUCGGACAACUCUGAUCAGCGUAUGGUUUGUCUCAACUUGAGUCUGGGGAACUCUCUUAUCAAUCCAUCAGACUUAGAGGAGAUUCCAGCAAACAUUGUAGGUUGUCAGAAUAUAUCUGAACUGGAGAAAAGAAUUGAUCUCUCUCCGGGAGAAAAACUUCGAAGUAUGUUUGAGAACUGUUUACUUUCUGAUCCUCUAUCUCAAGAAGAAAUGAGAAGUUCUCAGGAAUGCUCUCAGGAUUCUGAUGAGGAGUGUAGUUUAAAGGAGGACUUUGCAGAGGACACAGAAGAUGAUCUUGUCCUAGCUUUAGCUUGCCAGGACAAUAUUCAGAUCAACCUAACAGAGCAUGUUGUACAUACUAUUUCUGGAAUAGUAAAGGGAUAUUCUCCAGCCAGGACAAUCAAAACAGGAAUACAUGUGAGAAACUUCCUAGGAGUACAACUCGAGGCAGAGUACAUAGAAAUUCAGGAUGGGAAAACUAGAGUUUUGGCAACUUUUGAAGAUUCUCCUGAACAACAUGAAAACACCUCUUCCGAUGAUGAGGAACAGUAUGAUGAUCUGCUGCUUCCUUGGUCCAGAUUAAUCAGUAUUCCUGCUUCAAGGUUUCGAGGAUUUGAAGAAUGUAGUAAAGACGAUCUUCAUGAAUUAACCAACCUAAUUACAUCUCAUACAUUCAAACUUAAGAUAAACGGGUUUGAGCCGAUUGAGCUAUUGGUCCCCCGACAUUCCUGCUCAACCCUAAUCCAUCUUAAUCCCCUUAAAAAAAUCCAACCCGUUCCUAGCCUGUCUCCGACCUACACCCUGAGACUGAGUUCCUGGUUCUCUGACGAGGUUCAAGAGCUCAGGCUGUCAUCAGUCCUUAAGCUGAGAAAUCAGACGGAUUUAAAUCUAGUGAUCUACGUCCAGUCUGAGGAUCAACUCUGGGUUCAGAGUUUAAAAACUGGUCAAGAUAAUCCGUUUGGGAGUUUGAUUCGUCUAGCUGAGCUUGCCCCUGGAGAUCUGUACUCUGUCCCGCUCUUCCUGGCUGCGCAGGCGCAGUUCUACAUCAAACCAGCACUAUCAAGGUUCAGCAUGAGUGAAGAUUUCUUCAGUCUGAACACUGUAGAGUUUGAGGAGGUUGAUAUUGUCUCAAGGUCGUCUUCUACACAGAACCCAGAGCAAUUGGCAUUUAAGGUGGCAGGAGAAAGAAGUGUUGAAGAAAUAGUUCUCUGUAUUAAACCAUUCUGCAGAAUAUUUAAUCGUCUUCCUGGGAUUCUAACCUUACUCAGCAAAGGACAGAAUGAAUUAUUGAUUGAGCAGAACUCUGAUAUCUGUGUUUAUCAAGAUAUAACGUCCUUAUCAUCAAUUCAGAUUAAGGUGCAUAUGAAGAACUCUGAGUUUGAGUUUAGCAGUACACCGUGUACAUGGACUGAUACAGGGUACAUGUUCCAGCCCUUCAGCAGUGUGCAGUACACUACCCGCGAGGGGGAUUUGUACUUUGCGUCUAAAUAUGUACUAGAGAAUAGGACAGGGAUUCCUGUCUUUAUUAAGGAUGUACGUGAUGUAAGUGUUGAGAUUGCAUCAGGUAGUGUAUACAUGAUGCAAGCUGACCAGCUGACCCUGGCUGUAUCAGCUCCAGGUAGCAGCGGGUCUCAACAGCCUGCGGGUCAACUGCCAGGAAUACCGUGGGUCACAGUACACUUAGAGAAUAGGAUAAACUGUGAAACUGUAACUCUGAGUAAAGAUAAAUCAAUUUAUCAAAUUCUUGUUCACACUCAACCUAAUCAAUUCUACACUCAGGUUGUUGUGAGACCCCUGUGGAAUGUUGUGAACAACACGAGAAAGCAGUUGGUCAUCUCAGAGCUGGAGGACUCUAAAAAGAGGUUGUAUAACUGGAGCAAAGUAUUACGUGAGUAUGAGACUGUUCCUAUCUGGCCGCUUCAUCUUCCGGAGAAUAUCAGGUUCGGUCUCCAGGUUGCAAACUCAGCUGGACACCCGGUCAACUUCAGAUUGCUCCAGCCUAGAACCACAGCUGUAAUCAGAUUAGGAGAUCAGGAAGGAUUGAAGGUUGAACUCCAGGAGAGGACUGGAGAAGGAUUUACUCUGGAACUAUCUGACCCAGAUAUCUCCAGUAUCCCCUUUAUCUUCGAGAAUAGGUGCAGGGGGCUCAUCAUCAAGAUACAACAGGCCGGGCAGAAACAGAGUUGGUUAGUUCACCCUGGGAUGAGUUCUCCAUACACCUGGGAUAAUUGGGAGCAGAGCAGACCUAGGUGUACUUGGACUAUUCAUGGAGUACAUGGAGUACAUGGAACACAUGGAGUACAUGGAACUGUCCAGGAACCCUCUACCAUCAAUGUAAAGAAUGGGGAGAUAUUAUAUGGAGAAACAAGAAUUGAGCAGAGAACGAGAAAACGAUCCUCAAAAUCUUUUUUGGCAAAUACAUCUUCAGACUCUAAUUCAGAUUCUGAUUCUGAUUCUGAUUCUGAUUCUGAUUCUGAUUCUAAUCAG